AUGAGUCAACAACAUCAGCAUGAUUUAGGCUAUCUGGACUACUCUUCUCCCGCCAACCGCUCCCCGAGCUCCAGGCAAAACUACGCCGGCGGCGCUGCCUUUGCCUCGGGUCUCUCGCUGCCCCGCCAGGCUCAGCGUCCCUUUGAUGCCCCGCUCAGCUCGUCUGCCCUCUAUCCCACCGAGAGGAUACCCGCCGGCUUCAAUCCCAGGGCCCUCGACAGCAUGGCCGCCGCCGCCGGAAUGCACGGCGGCUACAUGCUGGACAAUGGUCAGACGUGGAACUACAGCACCGCCGGAGUCGCAACCGUCAACGGUGCCAUGCACGGGUCCAAUCGCCAGAGGAGCGUAAAUCGCCGCGCCGCGCUGCCUCAGAACUGGACCGAUCACAGCGCUCUGGCCAUGCCAAACAACCUGCAGCCCUUCCCGGGCAGCCUCAACGGAGGCCACAUGCAAAACGGCGGUCUCCGUGUCGACCAGGGUCCCUCGCACACCUCUCCUGACCUCCGAUCAACCGCCUCUGACGGCGACCAGCUCAUCCCCACGGCCAUUGUCAUCAAGAACAUUCCCUUUGCCGUGCGCAAGGAGACGCUGGCGUCCAUCAUGCUCGAUAUGAAUCUCCCCCAGCCCUACGCCUUCAACUAUCACUUUGACAACGGCGUUUUCCGGGGCCUUGCUUUUGCCAACUUUCAGUCAGCCGAGGACACGAGGGUUGUCAUCGACGCCAUGAAUGGCAUGGACGUUCACGGCCGUAAGCUGCGUGUCGAGUACAAGAAGAUGCUGCCCGAGGCGGAGCGAGAGCGCAUCGAGCGCGAGAAGAGGGAAAGGCGCGGUCAGCUGGAGGAGCAGCAUCGCGCGCCCAUGCUGCACCAGCAGAGCUCGAUCCAGUCGCUUGGCGGCAUUUCUCAGACACAGCAGAGAGGCCCCACUGCCCAUCUAGGAGACGUCGACCUCAACGACCCCCAGAACCUCGAGUUCUACACGGAGCUGGCCAUGUUCAAGCGCGACGACACGCGCGAGAUCCUCGUCUUUCCACCGAGCAUCGCCCCUGAGCAUCGGCGGUCCAUCCAUAUCCUUGCCCAUAACAUGGGCUUGGAGCACCAAUCGAUUGGCGAGGCUGACUCUCGUCAGCUCACGGUCCUCAAACGGCAGCAGCCUUCGCCAACGGCCAACGUCCACAACGCCGCCGUCGCCAACAGCCUGGACAUGCACAAGCGAGGACUGAGCCGCGCGGCCACGUUUGACUUUGCCGCCGACCGGGAAUCCCGCGCUGCCAGUAACAACUACGCCCACUUGCUGGGUCGCCAAGGCCCCACCCUCGAGCUUCCCGGGAGCCCCGACGGCGGCGGCAUCCCCAACAACCUGCGUGCCGCCAAGAGCUUCGCCGACCUGCGGUCCUUUACCCCAAGUCCGUCACAGGCAUCCUCGAGCUACCUGGUCCCCGGGGCCGGCGUGAGCAGCAUCGGGCCCGGCUCCACCGCCCGGUUCGGUGACUACCAUGGCCACGUCCAGCCGGGAAGCUCCGGCACGCCCGGCUCAAAGGGCGACAACGGCCUCGUCAGCGGCCUCGGCAACCUCAGCCUCAGCCCCUUUGACCCCAACACUAUGCAAACGCAAGCGCGAAACGCCCCGGGCGCCAUUGGGAGCCAGAGGCCCGGAGCAAGUGGCAACUCCAAGAGCGUUCCAGAGAGGCAGCCUCGCGGUCCCGAGUGGGAGUCGUCCGCCGGCUUUGGUGGGCGAGUCGGGCCCAAUGGUCAUGUGCAGCGUGGCAGCGAUUCCUCCGAUAGCGGCGCCCGCGUGGCCCCGAACUCGACUGGAGCCUCGAGGUACCAUUAA